AGACUUUAGCUUGCAUAAAUUUGCCUAGAUUGCUACCAGAAUACACCUAAUGUACCUUGACUGCUACCUACUAGUCGUCGUUGCCGCGCUGUUUACACUUUUAGCCGUGGUUUCACUACGUGUCGAAUAAAGAAUUGAAUUAGGGGAAUUUGACUUUGAGCAGAUUCCUGAGAAUAGCCACUUUACAAUGAGCAAUGAUUGGUGUAUAAAAUUAGUUGUAACCCUCGCACUAUGUUGUCUAAGACCAACAGGUAUCCUUGCACUUUUCGACCCUUUAUCAAUGGGUUUGGCAGCGGGAGCAGCACUGGGUUUGUACAAGUAUGAAACCCUGAAAGAUCAAACCUACUGUCGUUUUCGAGAGUGUUGCAACGAUCGAUAUAUUCCUGCAGACAUUAGCCAAUUAGAAAAAGAUUUAAACAAUAAUUUAUUCGGUCAGCAUAUUGUGAUUCAACAAUUAAUACCUGCUUUAAAAGCACACUUUUCUGAAGCACGCAACUCAAAGAAACCUUUGGUAAUUAGUUUCCAUGGAACACCUGGGACUGGAAAAAACUUUGUGUCCGAGAAAAUAGCUAAGCGUAUUUAUGCGGAGGGAAUCAGGAGUAACUAUGUUCAUAGGUACAUAGGUAGAAGUGCCUUCCCUUACGAGUCGGAGGCUAAACACUAUAGUGAACGCUUGCUCAAAGAAGUGCGCUCAGCGAUUUCUGCAUGCCCAAGAUCGCUCUUUAUAUUUGAUGAAGUUGAUAAAAUGCCUCCACUUGUCUUUGAUUCCCUUACCUCGCUGAUAAACUUUAACACAGUUAUUGAUGGUGUUGAUGGUACAAAGGCAAUAUUUAUAUUUUUAUCCAACACUGCUGGUGUGCAUAUUUCCGAUCGACUGGGGCAGCUUAUCAAAGGUGGAACGUUACGUGAAGAUACGAAAUUAAGUCAUUUUGAGCAAACUUUGGAAAAAGGAGCCUACAACUUGGAUGGAGGUCUUAAGAAAACUAGCCUUAUAGAAUCCCAUCUAAUAGACCAUUUUAUUCCAUUUUUGCCACUCGAGAAGUCGCAUGUUUACAAAUGCGCUCAAGCAGAGUUUAACGCCUGGGGAAAGAAUCCCAAAGAAGAAGUCAUAGAACGAGUUAUAAACGACUUCAUCACCUAUGAUAGAACUCACAGUAUUUUUGCCACAUCCGGGUGUAAAAAGCUUGUCAACAAAGUCGCCGUGGAGGCCAACGCACAUUUAUAACUCUAAUUAUAUUUGUACUUGUUUUUUUUUUAAGCAUAUUAUGUGAAUUUUAUUGCUUUUCUAUUUAUAAUGUUUCAUUUUUAUAACGUUGUUAACAAGUCGAGAUAUUAAUAAACCUCUUAAUUUUUCUACCA